UACGGCGUCAACGCAGCAAAGUGGUUACAAGGUGAAGGAAGUGAGAAAGAGAAAGAGAGGCAGAUUUUACUUGUUAGCUUUGUGAACAGCAUCUUUUAUUAUAAGUCACAGAAGUUUGUGUUUAGUUUUGUAACUGUAGUGAAUAUUUUCACUUUUUCAUUCGGUCUCGUCUGAAGAGUGAAGCGGGUUUAGACUGAUCCGUUGAGACAGAGCGGAAAUGAACUCACUGUGAAGGACGUUCGUGUAGAAACUGAAUAUUUUAUAUCUGUGUGUUUUUAUUUCUUCAUCGGUUUCAUCAAGACUUCAUGAUGAGUGAAGAGAGGCCAGAGGUCGAGCUGUUUGUGAAAGCUGGGAGUGAUGGUCAGAGUAUCGGGAACUGUCCGUUCUCUCAGCGGCUCUUCAUGGUCCUGUGGCUCAAAGGAGUGACGUUUAAUGUCACCACCGUUGAUAUGAAGAGGAAGCCAGAUAUUCUGAAAGAUUUGGCUCCGGGCGCUCAGCCUCCGUUCCUACUGUACGGCAGUGAGGUGAAGACUGACACCAACAAGAUUGAAGAGUUUCUGGAGGAAACCCUCAGCCCUCCAAAAUAUCCUCGACUGGCAGCGCGUAACCCAGAAUCCAACACCGCAGGACUCGAUGUGUUCUCCAAGUUCUCAGCAUACAUCAAAAAUUCCAACCCUCAGAUGAAUGACAAUUUAGAGAAGGGUUUACUGAAGGCCCUGAAGAAGUUAGAUGAUUACCUGAACUCACCUCUCCCGGACGAGAUCGACGAGAACAGCUCUGAUGAUGUCACUUCCUCUAGCCGCCCCUUUCUUGACGGUCAGGAUCUCACGCUGGCCGACUGUAACCUGCUGCCCAAACUGCACAUCGUGAAGGUGGUGUGUCAGAAGUUCCGAGGUUUCUCCAUCCCUCGCUCUCUCACGGCUCUCUGGAGAUAUCUGGAUGCAGCGUAUGCACGCGAGGAGUUCUCCUCCACCUGCCCCAGCGAUGAGGAGAUUCACAUGGCUUACUCCACUGUUGUGAAGGCUCUUAAGUAGAAACACACACAGUCUCUGUCCACAUUGUCCCGUGUUUCAAUAGUUGCUUGCAUUUCUUCAGCAGCUGAGGCUUUAUAUAUUAGUGAGGACCUGACUAUCUUAUUUCCUAAAUAUAAGUUUUGUAUUCCCCAGUUUUGCAGACAGAAUUAUGGUGAGCAUGAAGUGUAUUUCAGGCCACACACACAUCAUCUAUACACGUGUAAACCAGCAGCAAUCCUUUAUAGUGUUUUUCUUUCAUGAAGUGAAUCACCUGGUCUGGGAUUGGCAGAGAGAAAUGGCCUGUAUCCCUUUUUUAAUGAUGAUAGUAUUUUUCCCUACUAGACCUCUGAUAGCCCAAAUUCUUCCAAUGAAACUGUAUCGACUUCAUGUUGGUAUUUGACAUGCUGAGUGUUUAAUGAGGUCAGGUUAAGGGAAAUGAUGCCCCUGAUGAAGUAUUGGCACUUUUUAACAGAUGUAAACCAGGUUUCUGCACCUCUGUGUCACAUUCACAUCAGCAUCAUGACAACUCGCCACGCUGCUGCAUAAGCCCAUGUUUUUCAUACAUAAACAUUGCACCUUAUGACCUCAUAUGUGCUAUAUUUGAUAUGAAUAUGAUAAAACAUGACCUUGUGUGAGAAACAGCCCUGAGUUCUAAAGCUGUCUGUCUGACUCACAGACUGUCAUAUCUCUGCAUAUCACUCUUCACUUCAAGCCUUUUAAUGUGCGAGACGCUAUUUGCGAAAGAUAAGGUCAUUUCACAGUGACUUUAUAAACUAGUGUACAUCAAACUGAUCGUGUAUUUACUGUCUGAUAAAGUCAAUUUCUGACAAGACAUCUGACAGAGAUUAUUUUAUAAGGGACCAUAACCGUUAGAUUUAAGUGUUUCUUAUAUUUCCUGCUGUUUAAAGUUCUGAUGAGGUCUGAUUCCAAGAUGAAGAGAUUUUUAAAUGUUUCUUAACAGUUUUUCUAUGUUUUUUAACAUGUGUUAUAUUGGGUCCUGUAUUUUUCUGGUUAGAUACAUUUCAUAAGAAAACUGUUACUACAUAUAUAUUCAAGUGUUUAUGUGGAAUAGAAUAAAUUCAGGGACAGAAGAGUAAUGAUAUGUUCAAGUAAACAUGUUUAUUCAUUUGCACUUAAGGAGAAGCACAACACAAUGUUUGUAUUGAUUUUUUUAUAGAUUGGAUGAAGGAUUGACAGUAAAAUAUUAAAGGUAUUGUUAGUGUUUUAAUUUCUUAAAUUGUUACCCAGCAAUAAAAGAACAUAAUAAAGAAUAAAUGGGCAAUAAAUGCUGUGUAGUUGUCUUCAAUAUACUUGUGAUAUAUUUCAGCACUUCUUAUUUAAUGUAAAAUGUAAAAACUGAAAAAGAGGAGAGAAUUAAAGGAACACUCCACCUUUUUUAGGAAAUAGGCUCAUUCUCCAAUCUGGUGAUAGCACUUUUAGCAAAGCUUAGCAUAGAUCAUUGAAUCCAAUUAGACCAGUUGCAUCGCGUUCAAAAAUGACCAAAGAGUUUAGAUAUUUUUCCUUUUUAAAAUUGGACUCUUCUGUAGUUAUAUCGUGUGUAAAGAGCUGCGGGAAAUGAAAAUGAGCGAUUUUCUAGGCCUAUGUGAUUAGGAACUAUGCUCCGUUCAACUAUUAAAAUCUCCGUCUGUUUCUCUCACGUGACCGCUCUUAUGACAGCAGCACUGGUGUCUCCAGGUCUGGCAAACUCCCGAUCACGUUUUUCAAUCGGCAAAGCAGUCUGUAUCACACGCCGUUUACUAACACACGAUGGAUAUUCGCAAAGCA